AUGGGCGCCGAUAAGUUUCCUGAGGUUGAGGGCGGCGGCUCCUUGAUUCUGGCAUGGCAGAUCCGUAACAAGAGGGUUUUGGUGGUUGCGGCAGGACGGAUCCUGAACGUGCUCAAUGCAGACGCCAAAGUCACCGUGGUGUCUCCCCGCGCAGGCCUGAAUCCCGAAGUGGCAUAUCGCAUCGAGAAGGGCCAGGUCGACUACGUGGACCGGAAGUUCGAAGCGGCGGAUCUCGACAAUGUCGAUAUGGUCUUGACGGCAGUGGACGAUCCGGUCGCCUCGACGGAGAUAUGGAAGCUGUGCAAGGAGAGGAGGAUUGCAGCCAAUAUCGCCGAUGUGCCACCUGAAUGCGACUUCUACUUUGGAAGCAUACAUCGGGAUGGACCGCUGCAGAUCAUGGUCAGCACCAACGGCAAAGGGCCGCGACUGGCGAAUAUUGUGCGGAGGUCCAUCGCCGAAAAGCUGCCCCCGAACAUUGGAGAUGCGAUCUUGAAGGUUGGACGGCUGAGGCAGAAGCUGAGACAGGUCGCGCCCAACCCUGAGGAGGGACCCAAGAGGAUGUCGUGGAUGAUCAAGGUCAGCGACGCCUACAGCUUGGAGGACCUAUGUGAGAUGCGCGAAGAGGACAUGGAAAUACUGCUACGAUUCUACGGCCCGGAUAAGGUACCUCGAUUUGGAUGUCUCAAGGCCAUUGAAGGGAACGAUGUGGAAACGCUGUUAGCACCUUAUGCUCCUGGCCAAAUACCUCCGGCCGGCUGUCCCAAAGCUCUGGAGAGACAGUGGGAUGCUUUUGACGGCUCUUUUGGAUUCUGUGUUGGGUGCGGAUAG